UUUUCUUUCCAGAACUAGCGCAGUCACGAUGCAAAUACUCAGGGAAUCGGAGCUCCAGUUCUCCGUGGACAUGUACGCACAGCUGCAGUCCCAAAACAGAAACGGCGAGAACAUCGUGUUCUCCCCAUUCAGCAUUGCCGUAGCCCUUACCAUGACCCUCGCCGGCACCCGAAACAACACGGCCGAACAACUCGCCACCCUCCUGUGCGUCAGAGACCACCAGGAGGAGAUUCACGACCUCUACGCGAAAUUUCUCAAGAAGCUCUCCAAAUUCGCCCCGCACGUCGAGUUCCACGUGGCAAACCGGAUGUACGGCGACCAACAAUUUCCGGUGCGGAAGAGCUACCGAUCCCACUUGGAGAACUCGUACGGCGCCACGAUCAGGUCCGUAGACUUUGUGAAAGACUCCGAAGCGGUUCGAGUCGAAGCGAACGCAUGGGUCUCGGAAAAAACCGCAUCUAAAAUCCAGGAGCUGCUACCAGCUGGAAGCGUCUGUGCUGGUACUGCGCUGAUCUUGUUGAACGCCAUUUACUUCAAGGGCUUCUGGAGGUCACCCUUCGAGGAAGCCCACACGGCACCUCGCGACUUCCACCUCGACUCAAAGAACACCGUGCAAGUGGACACAAUAUUCCAGGAAUGCGAGAGUUACAAAAUAGGCAGCUCCAAGGACCUCAGGGCCCGAGCUCUGGAGAUGCCUUACCGAGGUGGCAAGGUGUCCAUGGUGAUCCUACUUCCAGACGACGUGGAAGGUUUACCAUUUCUAGAAAAGCGUAUUUCGUCGGAGAGACUCCGUACGCUUCUCGGAAGCCUCCAGGAGAACAACAGCGUCCAACUUAGUGUUCCCAAAUUCAAGCUCGAGCGUAGCAUCGUUCUCAACGACGUUCUCAAGGCCCUCGGCGUCGUGGACUUGUUUACGCCGGAGGUCGCUGACCUCUCGGGUAUCUUCGAGGGCGGCAAGCCAGCGGUCUCCGACGCAGUCCACAAGACUUUCCUACAGGUUGACGAAGAUGGCACAGAAGCUGCUGCUGCUACAGGAGUGGUCUUUCAGUUUCUCUCCGCUGUCAUCAACCUGCGGCCGACAUACUUUACGGUCGACCAUCCUUUCAUGUUCAUAGUCAAGACUAAUGAGCCAGAUGUAAUUCUCUUUGUUGGCUCAGUGAGGAAACCAAUCUUGGUACACCAGAACAUGCCUCUGCACCAUAGCUCAUUACGAAUGCUACCAUUAGUGGGUAAGUGCCAUUCAUUGGUAAAGAGAAGAAGAGUGCUAAAGAUGGCACAAACGCACGAAGAUCGAGCGAAAUCUGCUGACAGCCCAAGGUCUAUCCCAGCCACGGCGCAAAUCCUCAACGAAUCGGUGCUCAAGUUCUCGGUGGAGAUGUACACCCAACUGCAGUCCCAAAACGAGGAUGGCGAGAACCUCAUCUUUUCGCCUUUCGGCAUCGCUGUGGCACUUACCAUGGCCCUCACCGGCGCUCGCAAUAACACCGCCGAGGAACUCGCCAGCCUGCUGCACGUCAAAGACCACCAGGACAAAGGUCACGACCACUUUCCGGAAUUUCUCAAUAGCCUCUCCCAAUUCGCCCCGGACGUCGAGUUCUACGUGGCCAAUAGGAUUUACAGCGGCCAACAGUUCACAGUCCACAGAAGCUAUCGUUCGCACCUCGAGAACACGUACGGCGCAACCAUCAGAGCCGUCGACUUCGAGAAAGGUCACGAAGCGGUUCGGCUCGAAGCGAACGCAUGGGUCUCGCAACAGACCGUGUCCAAGAUUCGGGACCUUCUUCCGCCCGGAAGCGUCGACGCCGGAACUGCGCUAAUCCUACUCAACGCCGUUUACUUCAAGGGGUUCUGGAAGUCACCCUUCAGAGCAGCCGACACGGCACCCCGCAACUUUCACCUCGACUCCAGGAACACGGUUCAGGUGGACACGAUGUUCCAGCACAGCGAGAGUUACAGGCUGGGCAGUUCCAACGAACUCAGGGCACGAGCUCUGGAGAUACCGUACAGAGGCGGCACGAUGUCGAUGGUCAUACUGCUUCCGGACGGAAUAGAAGGCCUGCCAUUUCUGGAGAGGCAACUUUCGUGGGAGCGACUGAGCUCUGUACUCAGGUGCCUCAAGAGAAGCAACAGCGUCCAGGUCAGCCUUCCCAAGCUCAAGCUCGAGCAGCGCCACGUCCUCAACGACGUUCUCAAGGCGCUUGGUGCCGUGGACCUGUUUACGCCGGGCGUCGCUGACCUUUCGGGGAUGUUCGAGGAUGCCGGACCGGCGGUCUCUGACAUCGUCCACAAGACGUUCCUCCAGGUCGACGAGGAAGGCACGGAAGUUGUGACUGCCGCAACCAUAACGCUGUACUCCACCCUCAGGAAAUGGCGGUCAGCAUACUUCGCCGUGGAUCAUCCUUUCAUGUUCAUAAUCAAGAGCAAAGAGCCCGACGUAAUUCUCUUCAUUGGCUCGGUGCGGAGGCCGUAAAAGCCCGCCCAGGCUAGUCGCAAUAAAUGCCCGUUUUGUAAUUAGUAAAA